AUGACGCGCGUGACCGACCUCCCUCCCCCUCCCCACGAGCUCACCAAGCUGCUCUCGUCGUCAGACGAGAUCCCCAUAGAGACCAAACAAAAACUCCCCAAACACGCAGGACUCGUCGCCCUGGGAGCUCUGGUCUGGUCGUGGGUGCUACAAGCCGAAGCCUCUCAAGGCCUUCAGGCGGCGGUCGAGUUCAACAAACCUUUUUUCAUCGUGUGCUUCAACCACACGGCUCCGGUUGUGUUGCUGCCGCUAUUGGUCGGCUACUUCUGGCUCCGAGGCGGGGAACAGGAUCGACUCGCUCCGCUGGAUUUCUACGGCGUAUUAGACCGCCAUUCCGUGAUUCCGUUGGACAAGUUGUGGAAGAUUGCAGCCUUUCUGAGCGCGUUCUACUGCGUGACCGACUACUUUUGGUAUGCGGCGCUGGCCAACGUGAGCGUGGCGGCGGGCACGGCCAUCUUCAACUGCUCGCCGCUCUUCGUCUACUGCUUCUCCAUCUGCUUCCUGCACGAGCGACUGUCGCUGGGCAAGAUGUGCGGCGUGUUUACGUCCUUCGCGGGGGUCACGCUCGUGGUUUUCUUCCAGAACGGCAGCGACCUCAACGAGAUCGCCAGUACGGGCGUGGCGGCUGGGCUCAUGGUUGUGCUCUCGGCGGCACUGUACGGAGGCUACGAGGUUGCGAUCAAGUUGACAGUGGGCGAAAACAUCACGGAUACAGCCACGCUACUGACCAUGACGGGGCUGUGCGGACUCUUCACAAUUCCAAUGUGGAUCGUAGGCAGUUUCCUGCUGGCUUACAGCCCCAUUGAAGCUCUGUACGAGCCCUUGGGAAUGCCCGAGGGCACGCACGGAGUGCUGUUGAUGCUGGUCAGCGGCCUCAUGGCGGUCGUUUUCUGCGUGUUUCUCCCCUUGUCGCUGUGCUGGACGUCGCCGUUGGAGACGAGCGUCGGGUGCAUGCUGACCAUCCCCUUGUCGGGACUUGUGGACACGGUGGUUCAUCACACGUCGUUCUCGUGGGAAUGCAUCGCUGGCUCAGCUCUCGUCAUGGGGGGAUUUGGCAUCCUCGAGUACUGCAGUGCGAAAGGAGCCCCGCUACAGCCAGAACCGGCCAACCAGACAGAGGGACAUGUAAAUACAGUCGUCUAG